GCGAGGAUGGCCAUGAACUGGCAGCAGGAGCUGCUCGCGCAGACGAUCGCCGCGGCACAACCCGCGGCGAAGAAGAGCAAGAAGGCGAAAGGGGCGUCGGUCCCCGUUCCCAAGGUUGGUCCCAACGUGGUGCACUCCAAGGCGACCGUCGCCCAGCCCAAGAUGCUGCUCGAUAACCUCAACGCCAAGAACCUGCCCAAAGCUGAGCUGCUGGAGGAGCUCGCCGCGAGGUUCGUCACCAACUGCCCACCCGAGGAGCUGAAGGUGUUCGAGCGGCUGAUGUUCCUCGUCGAGCAGGCGCACUGGUACUACGAGGACUUCGUGCGCGUGGAACAGCCCAACCUCAAGACGCUGCGCCUGAGGGACUUCACCGAGCUGAUGUUCCACAAGGUGAAGGCGCUCGCGCACAACAAGGGGCGAACGGAUGAAAUCUACAAAAAGUUUACCAACUACAAGUUCAGCGUGCCCACCGGCGGAGUCAUCAUCCUCAAUCCCAAGCUGGACAAGGUGCUGAUGGUGAAGGGGUACAAGGCAAACUCGGGGUGGGGCUUUCCCAAGGGUAAGAUCAACAAGGACGAGCCCGAGGCUGACUGCGCGGCGCGGGAGGUGACCGAGGAGGUUGGCGUGGACUUUCGACCGUGGAUCAAGGAGGACGACUCCAUCGUCAUGUUCAGGACCAUCGACCAGGAGCUGGGGUUGAAGCAGCGCUCGCGGUUGUUCAUCGUGCCGGGUAUCAGCGAACAAACCCCGUUCGCCACCCUGACCAGGAAGGAGAUCUCGGGCAUCGCGUGGCACCCGCUGACGAUGCUCGCCAAGGACGCGGGGGGCAAGAAGUACUUCUUCUGCAAGCCUUACCUGCAGCCCCUGCUGCAGUGGAUCAAGAAUUACAAGAAGAAGAUGGGCAAAGCGGCGUUCGCGACGGUGGACCUCGGCUUCAUGCCCGCGACACCGGGCGGGGAUGCCCUCGCGCCGGCGCAAAUGUACACUCCCAAAGGCGCGGCCCCACCAGGUGACCGGUUCCCUUCGUUGUCAAACUUCACGUUUGACGUGAAAAAGGUGAACAAAGUGAUGGCGGCGGCGUGAGGAGGAGGAAGAAGGGAGAAGAAAGGGGCGCGAACGCGGAGAAAGUAGAUUCGGGGACUUGCGAAGGGGGCGUUUCCCGAGUCUUAUUGUAAUAUCAUUUUAGUCACUUAGCUCAACCACA